GCUGCUAGUAAGUGACUGAUAACAUUAUAGACUGAUUGGGACCCUGAGUUCAAAGAUUGAAUUGCAAUUGAGUGAAAAAUAAACAACGAAAUUUUGAAGAAUUGCACAGAGGUGCAAGUCAUAUUUAAUACUCUUCCAAGUAAUGUGGGUUGGUCUGAGAAAUUGCUAAACUAAACCUGUAAUAGCACUGGUUAUUUGGGUUAUCUCUCAUUACAGUUGUUGCCUAUUGUUGUUACAUCGCUCCCCCCUGUGUUGUCUUUGUAGGCCCAGAUGUUCUCAGAUAAUUCACAUUGUCCAGAUUGUGGACAACAGUGGUUCCCUAGUUUAGAACUAGGCCAUUGGUUGUACCAAACUGAACUUGUUGAAAAUGAGUGUUACCAAGUAUUCUUAGACCGUAUAAACAGAGCUGAUUAUUGUCCUGAGUGUUAUCCUGAUAAUCCUACUAACAGAAGCCUUGUUCUUCCUUGGUCUUUCCCACUUGAGUGGGCUCCCCAAAAUCUCACCAGGUGGACCUUUGAAAAAGCUUGCCAUCCGUUUCUUCUGGGGCCUCCGCUAGUUAGAAAAAGGAUACAUGACUCGAGAGUAGCUGGCUUUAACCCUGCAUUACAGUUAAUCUUGACCAGAACAGACAAAACCUUAAACAAAAAACUUGGCCGAAACAAAUAACCUCUAAACAGUCAAAGUCAUGGUGACUCUAGAGGUUUUAUGGUAGUAGCCCAAGGAAGAUGGGAAAAAAAACUUGUUUCUAAAUCUGACCCAGACCCUCACUACCUUGGGGAACUGUGUAAAUUGUUGGAUUUGCUUCCAUGGCCUUGGUGUAUUUUGUUCAGCAUGACUUUAGUUAGUAUUCUAGCCAGACUGUUCAUCUAGAACCAAACCAAUCUAUGUUCCCUUUAAAUGAUGUUUUGGAAAUGGCCUAUUCCCUUCUAAAAGUUCCAUGGUCUAAUUAUUUACAUGUGACUAAUUAGUCCUGGAGGCGAGGCCCCAUAUGCUUACUCAUAUAUAUCAUUUAUUCACCAUUGGCUCUGUUUGGCCCAUUCUCAGUGUGACUGUGACAUUAUUGAUAAUUGGUCACUGUCAGAAAAAUCUGACAACACCUACCCAGGUUACAGAAAAGCAUGCAUAAAUGCCACUGCCUAUAGUUUAGCUGGCUCUGCAUAAGCAAAGACCUAUCCUGUCUUUGUGGUGACUGGACAUACAGUGUCAUCCCCUGGAAGUGGAAAAGUACCUGUACUAUGAGAUAUGUCAUAGAAGGAGUCAUCAGGCCUCAUUCCAUAUAUAUAUUAUGGACAAUCCAGGGGAAGCAUCUUUCUUAAAACUGAGAGUCUUGCUGGAUAUUGGCCACACUCUGGCUUUCACUUGUUCAUGAGAAUCAUGGAACCAGAAUUGGGUUUAAACAAAUUAGAAAAAGUUGUUGAAAACAUCUCAGAGGCCACGGAACAAUUUUUAAAAUGCUACUAAAGAUGGUAGGUAAUCCAGUGGUGUGUAGCAGCUCAGUUUACCAAGGACCCAAGUUCUUUCUGUCCUUUUCCCUUGGAUCCUUAUCAUAUUGGCUUUUUGUGCUCCGUGGUUGUUUCCUUAUAAAUACAGUAUGGUUUAUUGCUGCUCCAGAUAUUUUAAUCCCAAUCAAAGACUGGAAGUACGGAGCAAAAGGCUUUUUCGUUUCAUGUUUCUGUCUUUUUAUUUGGGAAGAAAAUCUUCCCCCAAAGUCCCUAGCUGAAUUUUCUUUUUACAUCUCAUUAUUAGGUACUGGUUCACAAGAGAGCCUUGGCAAUCGACAGAAGGGGCUGCAGUUGGUAUUGCCUGGACAGGGCACAGUGCAUCCCCUGAUGAAAUAAGUGUUCUUUUAGGAAGGGAGAAGUAGGGAAUGACUGUUGGUAUGCAAAAAAUCACACCUGCCAUGUGUUGUGAAGCCUAAAUUUGUUAGUCUGUAUAAAGAAUGUACUCCAGAAAUCCAUCCUGUAUCUGCCUUAUUUCUGUUACGAUGGAGGUUCUCUCCUGUUAUAUUACUUAAUAAACUGUGUGGACUGCUAAAUUGA